UUUAUUUCACUCUAGUUGGUUAAAGCAUGUAUGUUAUUGUCUUCGUUGUAUCAUAGAUAGCAAAGUUUAUGUUUUGUUUGUUGACUGACUGUGGUGCAUCUGUAUAUUCUCAUGUACUUUGUGGUUAUGGUCGGAAUGAAAACCCUCGGGAAUCCAUUUCAAAAUCAAGGCUGGAAUCUCUUAUCUGCUCUCUUUUGCUGGAAGAGCCAUUUUUUAAAAAGUGGCUUUUUUCUGAGAGAAGUAUGUCUCACAGAAAGUUUGAGCAUCCAAGACAUGGUUCUUUGGGUUUCCUUCCAAGGAAAAGAGCCAACAGACAACGUGGAAAAGUGAAGGCCUUCCCCAAAGAUGAUCCUACUAAGCCUUGCAGACUCACUUCCUUCUUGGGAUACAAAGCUGGGAUGACUCAUAUUGUCAGAGAAGUCGAAAAACCUGGAUCAAAGCUCCACAAGAAGGAAACAUGUGAAGCUGUGACUGUGAUCGAGACGCCUCCAAUGGUGGUUGUUGGCGUGGUUGGGUACGUGAAGACACCCCGUGGUCUCCGCUCUCUAAGCACCGUGUGGGCUCAGCAUCUGAGCGAGGAAGUGAGGAGGAGGUUUUACAAGAACUGGGCCAAGUCCAAGAAGAAGGCUUUCACCAGAUACUCCAAGAAGCACGAAACCGAAGAAGGCAAGAAAGACAUUCAGUCUCAGCUUGACAAGAUGAAGAAGUACUGCACCGUCGUCAGAGUUCUUGCCCACACUCAGAUAAGGAAAGUGAAAGGACUGAAGCAGAAGAAGGCUCAUCUGAACGAGAUUCAAGUCAACGGUGGAGAUGUUGCGAAGAAGGUUGACUAUGCGUAUAGCCUGUUCGAGAAGCAAGUCCCUGUAGAUGCUAUCUUCCAGAAAGACGAGAUGAUUGAUAUCAUCGGUGUUACUAAAGGGAAAGGUUACGAAGGUGUGGUGACGAGAUGGGGUGUGACGCGUCUUCCGAGGAAGACACACCGUGGUCUCCGCAAGGUGGCUUGCAUUGGAGCUUGGCACCCUGCUAGAGUCUCUUACACGGUGGCUAGAGCUGGGCAGAACGGGUACCACCACCGUACGGAGAUGAACAAGAAGAUUUACAGGCUUGGUAAAGUUGGGGAGGAGACUCACACUGCCAUGACGGAGUUUGAUAGGACGGAGAAGGAGAUUACUCCCAUGGGAGGGUUCCCGCACUAUGGGGUGGUGAAGGAUGAUUAUCUGUUGAUCAAGGGGUGUUGCGUGGGGCCGAAGAAACGUGUGGUGACUUUGAGGCAGACGUUGUUGAAGCAGACUUCUAGGGUUGCGUUGGAGGAGAUUAAGCUUAAGUUUAUUGAUACAGCGUCCAACGGUGGACACGGUCGUUUCCAGACUGGUGAAGAGAAGGCUAGGUUCUAUGGUAGAGUCAAGGCUUAGAUUUUUAUUUUUCAAAUCCCAUAAAUACUUUGUUUCGAGUCUCUUUCUUUGUUGGCCAUUUUGACUUUUGACAUCCUAUUCCGUUUUGGUUAUGUGACUUUGAUUUUCAACUGA